AUGACUGACACGGCAGGCUACAAGCUCUUGGAGGAGAGAUGGAACGUGUGCAAGAUCCAAGAGGAUCAGAAAGCAUCGUUAAUAGCGGAUUUGUUCAAUCACAUAAGCUUCUUGUCCGGCGAGCUUUCUGAUGCCAAUCAAAGACUGGAAGAGAAGAGCGCUUUCAUCCAAUCUAUGAAGCAGAAAACCCAUGAUUAUAAAGAGCAGGUUGAUGCCCUCCAGACAGAGAAGGAACAGGCCAAACACUCUUUCGCACUUGUGGUUGUUGAUGGAGAUUCCAUGCCGUUUCUUGAUGAGCUUGUCAAGGAUGGAUUUGCUGGUGGUAAGAAGACUGCUGGGUUGCUAAGAAAACAAGUUUCGAAGGAACUCACAGCAUCGGGUUUUGACCUGCCACCGCACUCUCACAUUGUGAUUCGGGUGUAUGCCAAUCUUAAGGGACUUGGGAAGACUUAUCAGGAUAUUGGAAUCCUGGAAAAUUGUGGUGUAUUGGAGGAGUUUGUUCGGGGGUUCAACAUGGGAGCGCCCCUGUGUGACUACAUUGAUGCCGGAAAUGGUAAGGAAUGUGCGGAUGAGAAAGUAAAGGAAAAUUUUCAGCUCGGUUUAAACGACAUCCAUUGCCAUCGGAUUAUGUUCUGCGGCUCAGCCGACAAUGGCUACACUCGCCUACUCGACAAGUAUGUCAUAGAAGAUGUCAAACGUGAAAAGGUUGUCUUAGUAGAAGGCCCACCUUUUGCUUACGAAUUGGCAAAGAUCAAAGAGGAGUUUCGCGUUGUUGAGUUGAAUGACGUUUUCAGAACUCAGAACUUACCUCAGAUAAAUCGCAGGGUAUCUGCUCCAACCACGCCUCCUUCGACUCCAUCCGGUGGCUAUGCCGCUGCUGCGGCAAGAGCAUCGUUCACUACAACAGCUUCUUCUUCUUUGAACCAACAAACUUCUAUGGCAAUGGCCAGGCCGAAUCUAGCCGGUGUGUUUCGGAACGAGGCUGGCGACCGCAUUGAUUCACCUCUCAACUGCACGCCUCAUGAAGUUACCUUUAUGAAGAAUCGCAAGAUGUGCAACAGUUUUCACCUCCUUGGGCAUUGUUCUUACCUGCAAUACAAUGGACGGUGUCUAUAUGAGCAUGGAAAUAGGCUCGUAGGGAGGGAUCUUCAAGCUUUGAGAGCAGUCGCCCGUUAUACUCUCUGCCAAGCAGGUCUGAGUUGCAAUGAUCCAGACUGCAUGUAUGGACAUCGAUGA